UGCUGUCGUUCGCUAGGGGUACUGGAGUGUAAGUUCAGGCGGGUGCUGCAUGGAAUAUUGCCGAGUUACAGGCAUUUUGUGGACCUGGGCGAAGUAACUACGGGCUGUGGAGUCCCAAGGCUUGCAGCCAACAGCUGAAGUUACUGAUCGUUGAAGUAAACAGGAGGCGGCGAGCCGUCAAGAAGGCACAAAGAAGUUCCAUUCCGUGUGGUGCCGCUGCUGCACAGCUGCGUUGGUGGGAAUUUAUUAACGUGGCCAUGGAAUUUCCUGAUCUGGGAAAGCACUGCUCCCAAAGCUCGUGCAGGCAGAUUGAUUUUUUGCCUGUGAAAUGUGAUGCAUGCCAGAACAUUUUCUGCAAAGACCACUUCACUUAUAGCCAGCACCAGUGCCCCUCUGCAUACAAGAAAAAUGUUCAGGUGCCUGUGUGCCCGCUGUGCAGUGCUCCUGUUCCAAUUGCAAGAGGUGCUCUGCCUGAUGCUGCUGUGAGCCUUCACAUUGACAAUGACUGUGCCAGUGAUCCAGCUGUGAAGAAGAGGAAGAUCUACACCAACAGAUGCAGCAAAAAGGGCUGCAAAGUGAAGGAGCUGGUGAAGGUCACAUGCGAUAGCUGCAUGUUGAACUUCUGCCUCAGCCACAGACAUGCCCAGGAUCAUGAUUGCAAGGGUGCAGGUGGACGCCCAACAGUCUCAAGGUCUGGCCUGGCUGCGAUGCAGAGAUUGCAAGGGGCGAAGCCAAGUGGCAGCAAUGCUGCAUCAAGACCAGUGCACCAAUGGAGUCGAAAUGCAGGCCGUCCUCCUGUCCACACUGCAGCUGCUCUUCAGGGAAAUGUUUCUGAGGAUGAAGCUUUGGCCAGGGCAUUGCAGGCAUCAUUAUCACAGUCCAAUGUUAUGUCUCAAGAGGAUAUAGACCGUCAGAUUGCUGAAGCGCUGGCUGCAUCUGAUGAUGCACAGCAUCACACACCCAGAAAUCAAAGGACUGCUGGCAGUUGUUCUCUUUCAUAGCAUCACAUGUGUUGUGGAUGACCAUGUGUGGGUAGCAAUGAAAUGAGGAUAUUUUUAUAUUAGUUGCCAUCCAUUUAUCUUGCUGAUAUGCUUCAUUUAUUUGUGGCCAUUGUAACGUCAUUACUCCCCCGUGGAGCCUACUACUGUUUCAGAAGUACCUAUGAACUGGCAUGCAUAGCUGGGUUUAACUGUUUUGAUCAGUAAGAAAUUAAGGCUCAGGGCUUGUGCUUAAAAUAUGGUGGCACCCAUGGUUGUUAAGGGUUAUAGGUUUUAAUAUGCAGCCUGUUUUGAGAAUCACUGAUGACAAAUAUAAUGAUGAUUGGA